AUGAUGACAGCGUUGUCAUUUGAGGCGACCCAGGCCGACUUCCCUCUGCCGACUCUCGGCCCGCUGCUGCUGUCUAUUGCGGAGGACUGCAAGCGCGGCCGCGGCUUCGGCGUGCUGCGCGGCCUGCCGGUGCAGCGCUGGACGCGCAUCCAGAGCCUGAUCGCCUACUGGGGCUUCAGCCUCUACUGGGGCAGGCUGCAGCACCAGAACGAGAAGGCUCACCUCAUCGGCCACGUGAAGGAGGUGGUGGACCCGACCAACGCCAAGAGCACCACCCGCCUGUACAUGACCCGCAAGGCGCAGCCCUGGCACGUGGACGCCUCCGACCUCGUCUCCCUGCUGUUCCUCAAGACCGCCAAGUCUGGUGGCCUUAGCGGCUGGGCCAGCUCGUCUACGAUCUACAAUGAGAUCCUCAGGACGCGGCCCGACCUGAUCCCUGUGCUGGCCGGCACCUGGUACAUGGACCGGAAGAAGGAGGUGCCCCCGGGCAAGAAGCCCUACUUUGUCCUCCCCAUCCUCAACUGGCACGAGGGCCACCUGACCAUCUCCUGGAACGACACGUACUACCAGCUGCCCCCCAAGCUGUACCCGGGAGAGGUGCCCCCGCUGACCCCCCAGCAGGAGGAGGCCAUCCAGGUCUGGAGGGACACCGCCUCCAGGCCCGACAUCUCCAUCAACAUGUGGCUCCAGCCGGGCGACGUGCAGCUGCUGCAGAACCACAACAUCGUGCACAACCGCUCGGAGUUUGAGGACCACGAGCACGUCGACGACAAGCGCCACCUGCUGCGCCUGUGGCUGUCGCCUGAGGACGCCAGGCCCCUGCCUGAGCACUUCUCGGACCUCUGGGGCGGCGUCACGCCCGGCGCCCGCGGUGGCGUCGGCUUCAAGACUGGCCCCGAGGGUGGUGUCUUCCCUCUCGAGGCAGAGGUGGGGCAGCAGAAGCUGUAA